AUGGUGAAGUUUCAUAACUCGGACCUAUGGAUAGCCUGGUUGCUCAUUUUCUGCAUGAAGGGUUCAAGAUUUGACACACUCACUGGAAAAGCGAGUGUACAGGCACUGGAUGUGAUGGUGUCACAGAGCAGUAUCCAGGUAGCCCGAGGCCAAGCAGCCGUCCUGCCUUGCUCCUUCACCACCAGCGCUGCUCUCAACAACCUCAACAUCAUCUGGAUGGUGAUUCCACUAUCCAAUGCCAACCAGCCAGAACAGGUGAUAAUCUACCAAGGCGGCCAGGUGUUCAGCCUCGCUAACCACCUCAAUGGCCGUGUGGGGUUUGUGUCCACCAUGCCAAGUACAAGUGCCUCCAUCUUCAUUAACAACACCCAGCUGUCUGACACAGGGACCUACCAGUGUCUGGUGAACAACCUCCCCGACAGAGGGGGGCGCAAUAUUGGUGUCAUUGGACUCACUGUGCUAGUGCCCCCCUCGGUGCCAGCAUGUCGAAUCCAGGGAGCCCUGGAUGUUGGCAGUGACAUCAUGAUGUUUUGCAGCUCAGAUGAAGGUAUUCCUACACCAUCCUACUCGUGGGAGAAGUUAGAUGCGCUGCCCAAGCUGCCACACAACGCCAUGCAAGACCAGAUGCAAGGCACUGUAACACUGAGAAACAUCAGCGCCAGUACCUCAGGACUCUAUCAGUGCACCUCCAGCAAUGCCAUAGGCAAGAGCACAUGCCUGCUGAAUCUUCAGGUUGUUCCACCUCAGCCUCAGAGUGUGGGUCUGAUAGCAGGGACUAUUGCCACUGGAGUGCUGGCACUCAUCAUCUGCUGCCUGUUGGUGGUGGUCACCCUCUACUACUGGAAGAAUAAGAACAAAUACGAGGAGGAAGAGAUCCCGAAUGAGAUCAGGGAAGACGAUCUACCGCCCAAGAGGUCCUCAUCGGUGAAAGCAUUCCAUGCCGACGCCUCAUCUUCAGAGAAUGACACCCUGACUUCCACCAACACCUACAACAGUCGCUACUGGCACAACCCCAAACCAAACUAUGACACCAAUUCGUACACGCGCUACAACGGAGACACACGGCAAACCUUCGCCACUGCGGUCCAUGGCAUACAUGGACAUAGACCUUCGUCCUUUGCCAAUGGCAGCCACACACUUCCACCACCUAAGACCCUGGUGGUCACCACAAACUCUGCCCCGUCUCCCCCCACCAUGGUGCGUAGCAAUGGCUCCGUGAGUCUAAAGCCAGUUGUGACGCCCACCCAUGGGCAGCAUACGCACUCAUACGCCGUGAGCCAGGCCACGCUGGAACGAAUGGGGGCGGUACCCGUGAUGGUGCCCGCCCAAAGCAGAGCGGGCUCGCUGGUCUGA